AUGACCCGUACCGGGAAGGUCACCUUCUUUUCCUCCACUCCUGUUGAAAAUAUUGAAGCGAUCAAUAACGAUGCGGCCUGCGUGAUCGAUGGCAGCAAGGGUGAUGUCAUGUUACAGGUACCCAUCAAGAGCUUCAAGUUUGAGAAGCAGCUGAUGCAGGAGCACUUUAACGAAAACUAUAUGGAGAGUAACAAAUUCCCCAAAGCAGAUUUUCGUGGAAAAAUAACCAACCUGAGCAGUGUCACACUGUCUAAAGACGGCACCUACCAGGCCAAAGUAAGUGGCAAGAUGACCAUCCAUGGCGUAACCCGCGAUGCAGUGGCCAAUGGCACCAUCAAUGUCAAAGACGGGGUGGCUACGGUUGUUUCAAAAUUCUUUGUAAAGGCGGCUGACUAUGGCAUCAAGAUCCCUUCUGUUGUUGCUUCAAAAAUUGCAGAGAACAUCGAAGUAUCGGUAAACUGCCCGCUCAACGCUGUUAAAUAA